AUGGGACCUGGGAGACGCAUGGGCAGGAAGCAGGGCGCCCCCGAGCCCCUGUCCGAGGAGCACUUUGCCAAGCUGAAGCGCAAGGCCGGCCUGCCCGUCGAGCCGGCCUCGGAAGCCCACGACCACAAGAGGCGGAGGACGGGGAAGAAGGCACAGGCCAAGAGCAAGACCGGGGCCGCCGCCGGAAAGACAAAGACGUCGUCGGGCGCCGGCGCACGGGAUGCCGCGCCCAACGGCAGGCCGAAGGAGAAGAAGAAGAAGAAGCCGGAGCCGGAGCCGAAGCCGAAAGCUACCAGGGCCAGCAGGGUGACGCCGCCCGCAGAGGACCAAGACGGCCACGACGACCACGACGGCUCCGACGGCUCCGACGGCUCCGACCUGCACGUCGGCAAACUGUCCGACCUGGACGGCGGCGAGGGACCCGCGCCCUCGCUGGGCGACGACUUCCUGGGCUCGGAUGAUUCCGGCUCCGAGCCGUCCGUGUUCGACUCCGAAGCCGAGGACGACGACGACGGCGUUGCCAAGCCCGUCUUUUCCGAGGACGAGGACGAGUCCGGCGCCGAGGAGAAGCUGACGGCCGCCAACAUCGAGGGCCUGUCGCGCCGGCUGGACCGCCGACUGGCAGAGGAGGCGGCCGCCAGCGCGGCGGAGCUGGCCGAGAGCGCGAUGCAGACCAACAUCCAGGGCGACCGGCCGCGCGUGGUGGACGGCGGCGAGGGCGAGGGCGAGGGCGACGGCGGUGCGGGCGCGGCGCUCGCGCCGGACCUCCAGCUGCUGCGCUCCCGCAUCGCCGAAAACGUCCGCGUGCUCGACGACUUUGCCAGCCUCGCCGAGGCCGGGCGCUCGCGGUCCGAGUACACGGCCCAGCUGCUGCGCGACGUGUGCGCCUACUACGGCUACUCGGCCUUUUUGGCCGAGAAGCUGCUGGGCCUGUUCCCGCCGCGCGAGGCGCUCGCCUUCUUCGAGGCCAACGAGUCGGCGCGCCCCGUCGUCAUCCGCACAAACACGCUGCGCACGCACCGCCGCGACCUGGCCCAGGCCCUCAUCAACCGCGGCGUCACGCUCGAGCCCGUCGGCAAGUGGUCCAAGGUCGGCCUGCAGGUCUUUGAGAGCAGCGUGCCGCUCGGCGCCACCCCGGAGUACCUGGCCGGCCACUACAUCCUGCAGGCGGCGUCGUCCUUCCUGCCGUGCAUGGCGCUCGACCCGCGCGAGGGCGAGCGCGUGCUCGACAUGGCCGCCGCGCCCGGCGGCAAGACGACGUACCUGGCCGCCAUGAUGCGCAACACGGGCGUCGUGGUGGCCAACGACCCGAGCCGCGCGCGCGCCAAGGGCCUCAUCGGCAACGUGCACCGCCUGGGCGCGCGCAACGUCGUCGUGUGCGCCUACGACGCGCGCGAGUUCCCCCGCCCCAUGGGCGGCUUCGACCGCGUCCUGCUCGACGCCCCGUGCUCCGGCACCGGCGUCAUCGCAAAGGACCCCAGCGUCAAGACCAACAAGACGGAGCGCGACUUCCUGCAGCUGCCCCACGCCCAGAAGCAGCUGCUCCUCGCGGCCAUCGACUCGGCCAACCACGCCUCCCGGACGGGCGGCUACGUCGUCUACUCGACCUGCUCCGUCACCGUCGAGGAGAACGAGCAGGUGGUGCAGUACGCCCUGUCGCGCCGGCCCAACGUCAAGCUCGUCGACACGGGGCUCACCUUUGGCAAGGAGGGCUUCACCAGCUUCAUGGGCAAGAAGUUUGACCCCUCGCUGCGCCUCACCCGGCGGUACUACCCGCACGCCUACAACGUCGACGGCUUCUACGUCGCCAAGUUUAAGAAGACGGGGCCCACGGCUGCCGGUGCCGGUGCCGGUGCCGGUGCUGCUCCGGGCCGAGAGCAAGGGCAGGACGGCGGCGUCGUGGACAGGACCCCCAUUUCCGAGGAGCGAGACGCCGCCGCCGCCGCCGCGGCCGACGACGACGACUUUGGCGGCUUCGACGACGCCGAGGACAAGGCGUACAUUGAAAGGGGCAGGAGGAACGCCAUGCGCAGGAGGGGUCUCGACCCGAGGAGUCAGGCGGCCAAGAGGUAG